AAGCGAAGCGACUAUAUUUCAUGGGACGAUUAUUUUAUGGCCAUGGCAUUUUUAACAGCUCAACGUUCCAAAGAUCCCAACACUCAGGUUGGAGCCUGCAUCGUCGAUCGUCAUCAACGGAUCGUUGCUCUUGGAUAUAACGGGUUCCCCGCCGGUGCCUCUGAUGAUGUGUUGCCUUGGUCAAGAACUGCGGUGCAGCCACUACAUCGUAAAUACCACUACGUCUGCCACGCCGAAGUCAAUGCUGUCCUCAACAAAUGCAGUGAUAACGUCAAAGAUACUACGCUGUAUGUUGCGCUCUUUCCCUGUAAUGAAUGUGCCAAGGUUUUGGUCCAAGCCGGGGUGAAGGAAGUCGUUUACAUGAGCGACAUCUAUCACGACACGGAUUCGUGCCGGGCCAGUCGCAUUUUGUUUCACAUGGCAGGAGUCAAGCUACGACAAUAUUCUCCAACAUGUCGCCUCAUUACUGUUCCUCUGGAAGGAAACAAGGAAAGAGGAUUUUUGGGUGAUACCGUCUGA